AUGGGUGUCGGGGGGAAGAAACCCGUCAAUAUCUUCAAGUUGAAAGACUUGGGAGAGCCAGAGGGAGCUCUGAACUGGCGCCUCUGGUUUGCCGUCUUUUCUUUUGGCCUACUCGGCGCUGCGCGAGGUAUCGACGAGGGACUGAUCUCUGGUGCCUUCAACUCGGCCAAUUUCAAAUCAUCUAUUCACUAUGCCUCAUACGAUACUGUCGAGCAGGCCAACAUCAAAGCCAAUGUCUCUGCCAUGGUCCAGAUUGGAUCCGUCGGCGGUGCGUUGUUUGCCUUCCUAAUUUGUGAUCGUAUUGGCCGACUCAAUGCUACGCGAGUGCUGUGCCUCAUCUGGGCUGUUGGCAUUGCUAUUUUUAUGGCUGGCGGAGUGAAGGGAAAUUUGGGCGCCAUCUAUGCCGGUAGAUUUAUCGCCGGCCUUGGCGUGGGACAGACGCCGGUCGUAGGCCCCAUUUACAUUGCUGAAAUUGCGCCCGCAUCAAUUCGUGGUCUCUGCACAUGCUUCUUCACUGGUGCUGUCUAUCUCGGCAUAUUGCUUGCUUAUUUCGCCAACUAUGGAUGCCAGCUUCAUAUCGUCAGUGGCAGCCCGAAUCAAUGGCUUGUCCCCACCAGUUUACAUAUCAUGAUGAGUGGAAUCAUUUUCAUUCUUUCCUUCUUCCAAUACGAAUCGCCGCGCUUUCUCGUCAAAGAGGGUAAAAUUGAGCAAGCUGUCUACAGCAUGGCUCGCUUGCGCCAGCAGUCUCCCGACAGCGAGUACGUCAAUCGCGAGAUAGCUAUGAUUCAGAUUGGCCUUGACCGUGAGCUGGAAGCUAGCCAAGGUGUUGGCUGGUUUGGUAAAGUCAAGGAGCUGCUUCUCAACAAGAGCAACCUGUACCGAGUGUAUCUGUCAUCCAUGGUUCAGCUGCUUGGUCAGUGGUCUGGCGCUGGAUCCAUCACCCUGUAUGCGCCGGAUCUGUUCAAAAUUUUGGGCGUUACUGGAAACAGCGAGUCUCUUCUUGUUACUGGCGUCUUCGGCAUCGUCAAAUUCGUGGCGGCAAUGAUCUGCGCCCUCUUCCUCGUUGAUGUUAUCGGCCGCAAGCGUGCUUUGCUAUGUGGUAUUACACUCCAGACCAUUUCCAUGAUCUAUGUUGCCGGUUUUCUUACUGCCGUACCUCAACUCGGAACUGUCAAAAACUUUGUCUUGCCUGAGUCUAUGAAGGGACCUAGCCGAGGCGCAGUUGCCAUGAUCUACCUAUCAGGCGUCGGCUGGGCGCUUGGUUGGAAUUCUAUGCAGUACCUGCUUACGGCUGAAUUGUAUCCCCUUCGAGUUCGUGCUCUUGCUACCUCGUGGGCUAUGACCCUUCACUUUGCCAACCAAUAUGGUAACUCGCGCGCUUUACCCGUUAUGCUGCUCAGCACUUCAGAAGGAGGAAUCUCGCCCAUGGGUACUUUCUGGUGUUUUUCAGCUGUUACCUUGCUAGGUGGUAUCUGGGUGUGGUUCUUCGUCCCCGAAACUGGCGGCCGUUCUCUUGAGAGCAUGGACCGCCUGUUUGACCUACCGUGGUACAAGAUCGGUCUGUAUGGUAACAAGGAUGCCGAAGAAAAAGAUAUGGCUGUUGAUGAAAAGCAGCGGGCUGCCGAGGAAGAGUUUGGCAACGCGCAGCAGGUUGAGUAUAAGGCAUAA